CUUCCAUUUAUGUACCCUCAACAACUAACGACAUGACGUCUCCAAGCACCCAUAGUCCGAUCAUGGUGCUCGUGGUACAAGGUUUCGUAUCUUGUUUCGUACUCGGCUUGAACCUCGCUUUGGCCCUCUAAACGCGAAACCGAGGUGCAUGCGACUACAACUACCGAGCCGUUCCCACCAGCCAGCGACGCUUCUCAUCCCAACCCCGCCUGUUUCUUCCAACGCAACAUCCGCUGCGACACUCGAGCACCCAAAGCAACUCAACUCGACCCCUCGCCGCGCGCCUGGCUCCAACGAUGGCCGAAGAUCAGAAUACCACGGACGACUCACAUCGCGUCCCAGAGCUGCCGCUCCUCUCAAAAGUUAGGUACGGCGCUACGGCCUUUGCGAUCCAAAAUUUCUUGGUGAAGCCCGCGCUCUUCGUUCGCGAUGUCAAAGCACACGUCAUCCCGCCUGAGAACCGUCCAGAGAUCGUGAAGACGUACGAAUGCAGGCCGUACUUACCCGUCAGAGUAUUCUUCCCGAAAUGCUUUGACAAAACGUCGAAAGACAAGCUGCCGGUUCUCUUCACGAUCCAUGGUGGUGGAUUCGUGCUCGGUACGCCAAAUGACAAUGACGAUUGGAAUCAGACGUAUGCUUCGCAGCACCACUCGAUUGUCAUUGGCCUCAACUAUGCCAAAGCUCCGGGCAACCCGUUCCCCAAGCCGAUUCAUGAUUGCGAGGAGCUCUUCCUCGCCGCGCUCAACGAUGACUCGCUUCCGUUGGACCGUACCAGAGUAUCGCUGGCCGGGUGGUCUGCGGGCGGCAAUCUGACUCUGGCGGUCGCGCAACUGGAGACAGUCAGGAAGCAUCUCACUUGCAUCGUCCCAUUGUACCCGGCGGCUGAUCUCUCCAUCACAGGAGAAGAGAAGGCCCCGACGCGGCAGUACAAGCCUGAGCUUGGAGGCUUCCGUGCAAAGGAGAAGGACUUCCUGCAAGGAAUUGCACCAGUGUUUGACUGGGCUUACAAGAUCCCCGGCGAAGACAGCCGCAACCCGCUACUUAGUCCUACCUUCGCGCCCAAGGAGGCUCUGCCCAAGCAAGUCUUCAUGAUCGGCUGCGAGCUCGACAUGCUUGCCCAUGAAGGUCAGAGGCUCAUUCACAAGCUUGCGGGCCGACCACCGCCACCAGCAAAGGUUGGAAAGCCUGAAGUUGUCGGCGAUGGCGAGCUCGUGCUAGACGACGAGGUUUAUCACUUCGAGGUGUCUGGCGCUGACGGAAGCCGCUACCGGUGGCUCUUAGUCCCUGAUACAGUGCAUGGCUUCGACCAGCAUCUGGACGGCAUCGUGCGUGAUCCGGUUUUGCUUGAGGACGCCAAGAUCAAGACGCAAAAGACCAUCAAGAUUAUCGGAGAAUGGAUUCUUCAAGCUCCUCCUAUUAGCGAAGCUUGAUGAUCGUCUUUGGUUGAGAAAGGGGUGGGACUUGUUUAUAUUGUGGCGUCGAAGAAAUCGAUAUGACUUUGGAAGGAUAUCAGCUGCGAGGCUUCUGCUAUUUGCGUUCUGCUUGCCUAUUCGAUACUCUGUAUGACAUGUACUUGCUACUACGUUUAUAUGAAUAUUACAACGUAUUUACUCGCUU